GUUAAGUUGGGUUGGUACACAUGUAGUGUGGUCAAGGGAAACAACUCUAAAUCGUGUGUGGCAUAUAUGAUAACAUCCAGCGACAACAGCGUCAAUAACGCCUUUUUUGAAGAGCUGAAGCAAGACUACCAAUGCGAGAAAAACGUAUUGUUGAAAAGUGCAAUGGUAGCUGCACAAAACUCUCCUGUGACCGAAGACACUUCUAUAGUUUCAACGCUGAAGUCAAAGGGUGAUAUUGAUUACAUGACGAUCGACAUAGGGGGAGACGAGGUCCAGUUAUUGUCUUGGAUGUUAACAAAAGAUCUACUAAAGAACGUGCGGCAACUGUUGGUAACCUUCCAUGGGAUCAGUGCUAACAGCAAGGCGUCUGUGUACGUGCAGCACCUUCAGGUCUUACGGGCACUCUACUCAGAUGGCUUCAGAACAUUCCACUUUGCAAGAAAUGUUCAGUGUUUGUUUCAGGGGAACUGGAGUAGAACGGGUUGCUAUUCUCUUUACAUGAUGCGAGAAAUGCCGAUAAUUGGUCCGCUCGAAGUGUACCGACCGGAGAUUAUCAAAACACUGCCGCUCAAACCUUUGGCUACGUUGUAUAAUAGGCUACUGAUGUCAUCACAAGUACACUGUAAGAAUGUGGUCCGGAUUGGGAGAGUGGACGACGGAGGAUGGGACGUCUGUAACGAUACGGAGUAUAGACCCUCCUCACCAUGUAUUGUCUACUCUUUUGGAGUGGGUGGAGACUGGUCGUUUGAGGACGAAGUGUCCAAGAUUUAUGGAUGUGAUGUACAUUCUUUUGAUCCAAGUAUUGGAAAGCCAGAUCAGAAGCGAUCAGACAAAAUCACAUUUCAUAAUCUGGGACUGUGGGGCAAGCCUGCAGGAAAGCAAGGGAAAUGGAACAUGUUGAAUCUUAAGGAGAUUAUGGAUAUGCUUGGUCACACUGGGAAAACCAUUGAUAUUAUCAAAAUGGACAUAGAGUUUUCAGAGUGGGAAGCUAUUCCUGAUAUGGUAGCCUCUGGAGUGCUGAAGAACGUUAGACAACUGAAUUUUGAAUUCCAUAGUAGCCCUAAUCCUGAUGAAAGUUUUCGUUCAAAAAUGACAGCAUUACGUGGACUAAGCGAUCAAGGGUUCCGCUUGUUCUGGUCUCAUCCUAAUAUAAAGGGAGGUAAUCCAACACCAUUCAGCGUAACAGGAAGACAGGUCUCCAGCUGUUAUGAAAACUCCUUUCUGAAUACAAAUUUUAUUAAAAAGUGAAGUGUCAAUUCAACUUUUAACACAUUAAUACAUUUGUGGAUUUGUUACCAUUAUUUUUUCAAGUGAAGCUUAAUAAUUUAAAGAAACGUGUACCAGGUGGUUAUCAUAGUUUAUAUAUUUGGAUAUAAUUGGUUAACUUUGCUUCAUUACACAGCGGUACAGAGCCUGGAUAAUGCAUGUUUUAAUGGGAUAACACAGGAAAUACACAUGAUUAUUUCUACUGCGGUCUCCAAAAUGAAAAAGAUACGAUCAUUUUACAUGGUAUGAUAUCAAAAAAACUAUCUGAAAUUAAUGCAUAGUCUAUAGUUAUCACUUGUCAAUAUUAUUGUUGCUUAGAUA